CGGAAGUCCCAUUCCAACGCUGGAGCGUCCUGUAGAUGUUCCUGGUUGUUGCGCAAGGUGUGGAUCGAAGGACCGAACGACGUAACCUGCCUAACCUGGACUUGCACUGAUCUUACCUACGGUCCGAUCACUCAUGACUGCAGCGAAAAUAUGUCCAACCUGAAGCACUCGUUCUAACUCUCUACCUGGGUGUCUCUCCAGACCUGAACUUGAUCACCGAUAGACCAUCUAUUGCACAGAACUAUGGCUCGAGCUCAAAAACCAAAGCAGUCCAGAAGGCCCCAGGCGAAAUCGCUAAAGCAAAACAAUCUGCGUGGGUUUGCUAAACGACAAUCCCUCAAGUCGCAGAGGUCAUCAAAAUAUAGCGAGUCAUCAGAUGUCUACGAAUAUCAGCCCGAGAACGUCCGCAGAUCUAAAGUAAAGUUGCAGCUCGAGAAGGAUGAGCUUGAUGGAGCUCGCAGGGACAUUAGUGGAAGCGAGGAUGAAGACGACGGUCCGAAGAGAAAUGGUCUUCGACCUCGACUAGUCGGUGAAAAUGACGACGAAGGUGGGCUUGGCUCUGAUGAGGACGAAGAGAUUGAUAGCGACGAAGCGUUUGACGAGAGCGAUGAAGAACGCUUCGCGGGCUUCAACUUCUCAACCAAAACAAAAUCCGUGGCUAAACGGAAACCUCAGAAGAGGAGCCUUCAAUCUCGUACAGUCCCUUUGAUUGACCUGAAUGAAGAUGAAGUUGAGCUUGAGGAAGCCCCUUCAGAAAACGCUUCUGCUUCAGAAGGCGAAGACUCUGCGGCAGAUGAUGAGGAAGAGGGGGAUCCGGAAGACUUCAUCGACGUUUUGGAUAUGAUCGAUGGGAAGGGGCCUGCAGAGAGUGCCGACGAAGGGGAGCAUACCCAGAAAGAGGAACGACCCUCGGCUUCGAAGGCUCGUGUAGAGGGAGACGAUGUCCCACACUUAGAAGAUGAGGACGAGGACAUGCAUGACGAGGAGGAUGAGGGGAUCUCAUCAGAUGAAUCGGAAGAGGAUGAGUCUCAUAUUUCUCCAAUGGACGAUGCCAUUUCAGCUUCAGGUGAUGAAGACGACGACGUCGGCACUUCGUUACACGAUUUGCAAAGUUUCAUUACGAAUCUUGACGCAGGACAGAAGCGCAAAGCGCCCGACGAUGAAGCUGCACCUACCACAGAGACUGGCGAAGCUCGAAGACAAAAGAGAAGAAUGUUGAAGGAGCGAACGGAGGCUGGAGAGGAGAACGAGUUUGCUCCACAUAGAGGUGCAACGAAGCUGAACUUGGAUGAUCUUCUCAACCCACUUGCUUCGUCGUCCUCAAAUCUUCUUUCUUUGAAGAAAUCUGCCAAGAUCCUGACCUCGAUUUCCGCGAAGAAUCAAACACUGUCUGCACCACUUCCUCAACGCACUCAAGAACGUCUUGAUCGAGAAGCAGCAUAUCAGCAGACGAAGGAGGAGGUCGAUAAAUGGAGUGCAACAAUGAAAAAAAUCAAGGAGGCCGAGCACCUCAGCUUCCCGUUGCAAGCUCAGCCUGCGGGUAGGACUUCGAACCUUGAACUAGCCGCCAAAUUCAAGCCUACUACGGAACUCGAGAGUGCUGUCGACCGCCUCUUGAAAUCUGCAAAAAUGCGAGAAGAGGAUAUUGCUCAAACUGAAUCUCUCAAAAUGAAUCAUCUCUCUGUAGAAGAAGUCUCUGCUCGACGCGCGGAACUGGCCAAAAUGCGAGAACUCAUGUUCCGUGCUGAGGCGAAGGCCAAACGCGUUGCUAAAAUCAAGAGCAAGACUUACAGGAGGAUCAAGAAGAAGGAGAAGGCUAAGAUUGCUGCGAAGUUGGGUGAAGGUAGCGACGAUGAGGAUAUGAACGAGGAAACGAGGAUGAAACACGAAGUUGAGCGGGCUAGAGAGAGGGCGACGUUGAAGCACAAGAAUACAGGCAAAUGGGCCAAGGCUAUGAGGGCACGCGGAGAUUUGGAUGAAGAUCAGCGCAGAGAUAUUUCGGAGAUGCUGAGCAGAGGGGAGAAGCUCAGACGGCGCAUACAAGGGAUUGGAAGCGGAGAUGAGAGCGAAGAGGGCGAGGAUGACACUGAGGAUGAUGAGGAGGGCGCAGCCGACCGCAUCAAGGCCAGCGCAUUCGAGGAACUCGCUCAGCUUGAUAAGGGUAGCGAAGGCGAGGAGGACUCUGGGAGAAAAGGCAAAAGUAUCUUCGAGAUGAAGUUCAUGAAGGAUGCUAUAGCUCGAGACCAGCAACGAGCGAAGCAAAUGGCCGAUGACUUCGUUAGGGAGAUGGGCGAAUCAAAUCAUGAGGACGAUGAGGACGAUGAACUAACAGGCGGCCGCAUCGAAGAGUCCAGUGGUGCAACCAUUGAACGAGUCGGUGGCCGAGUCACUUAUCGUCCUGGCGCACAGCAAUCACAGCUUCGCACAGUAAACUCCUUAGCCUCUGACACUUCAAGCAUUACCUUGAGGUCCAAUGACUUGCCGUCAGAUGUUGCUCGAUCCGUCACCCCUUCCGCAACGUCUCCAAUUCCUGAAAAGCUCGGGAUUGCGACUGAGGCACCAAAUCCUUGGCUUGCACCUCGCCAAGAUCCUGCCAAAGCUGUUCCCAAGAAGCACGAAAUUGCUGUCAGCAAGGAUAGCGCAUCUGUUGAAAAGUCCAAAAACAAGCUGCGCAAGAAAGCCCAAAAGCAUGAAGAGGAGCAGAGCAAGGCGAGGAACGACGCAGCCGUGGAUAUUUCUAUGUCGAAUGUCAUGACUCUUGGGGACAACAGCUCAGCGGGGCCUUCUAAGCCGAAGACCCGAUCGCAGAGUGGUAACCAACGUGACGAUGGUGACGACGACUCAGACGUUCAUAGCGAGGUCGAGGAACAGGAACGGCUUCUUGAUAGAAAGGGCAAAGGCAAAGCUAACGGUGUCAAGGCAUUCGAACAACGAGACCUGGUUGCUCGUGCUUUCGCCGGUGAUAACGUUGUCCGCGACUUUGCAGAGGCCAAGCGACGAGAGAUGCAGGAAGAUGCACCCAAGGAGGUCGAUACGACCUUACCUGGAUGGGGCUCAUGGGGUGGCACGGGAACCAGAAAAGCACAGCCAAAGCCGCAUCUCAUCAAGAAGGUCGCUGGUGUGGAUCCUACUACUCGAGCGGAUUACAAGAAAGCACAUGUCAUCAUCUCUGAGAAAAGAGACAAGAAGGCGGCGAAGUACAUGGUCAAGGAUCUUCCUUAUCCAUAUACCAGCAAAGCGCAGUUCGAGCGCAGCAUGGAUAUACCUAUAGGCACAGAGUGGAAUACCCGAGUGGGCUUCCAAAGGGGUACCCUCCCCAAAAUUGUUACGAAGGUACGUCUCUAUUGUAUCUUCUGGACGCCUUGGCUCACACGUUCUUCAGCCUGGCACUGUCAUCAAUCCCCUGGAAAAGCUCCUCUAGGCGUAUCUCUUGCUUCAUCGCAUUAUUUUGUAUCCUUCGUCAAUCGUCAUUUAGAUCGCAAUUGCAUUAUGCUUCCAUAUAGUCCAUGAAUUGAUAUUAUAUCCAGUCCAUUACAUACUACGCGACGCUUCAGAGCUCCUGCCCCAUAGCUAGACUAACAAUGGCAUAGACAUUCGCCGCCGCAACGAGCACAAAUAUCGCGUAGCCCACAGCUGCGACAAACCUGUUGUUGGCAAAGUUUACGGUUUCUCCGCUAGCGUCCUCAACGUCCACUCCGCGUGACUCAUCCGAGUGAUCCUGAAGUUGUUCCUGAGUGUUCUGUGGGUGUUCUGAGAGUUGAAUAGGAGAUGACUUCGCAAUCAUGAUUGAACUUGAGGACGUUAACCAUAUGAGAGGAAACACUAUAAAAGGGAGAACGAUUGACAAUGCCACUUGCGAGGCGACGAGAAGUGUGUCGACGCCAGAACGACCGACAGAAACGGCAACGAUCAUGGAAGGGAUUAGGCCUAGACAACGGGUUAUCAAUCGACGAAGAAUGGG